AGUCGUGUGUUUUUCUUUUUGUAAGGAUUCAAGGACACAAAGAUGAAAGUCUGUGUGAUUCUUCUGCUUUGCGGUUUGGUGGUGUGUGCGUCGUUCAUUGGAAGUGCAUCAAGUGGUCCAGCUCCACCAGCCGAAGGCUGUCCAGAGAAUGAAGGAUUUGUAACAUGUGGCAGCAAAUGUCUGACUACAUGCAAAACCGGGGAUGCGCUAGUACCAUGUAACCGCAAAUGCUUCAUCGGCUGCGACUGUACGAAAGGAUACCAGCGCAACAGUACCGGCACCUGCGUCCCCCCAGAAGACUGCAACUGAAUCAU